AUGGGUGAUCAACACAAGUUUUUGAAGAAACGAAAAAAGAAAGAGGUAAGUUCAUUUUAGCUUGUCUUCUGUUCAUUUCUAUCGCGAUAUUUGUUUAAAGAAACGUAAAUGUUGCGACCCUUGGCCCGGCGUAGGAUGUGCGUUUCUUGUUUGUUGCGUAUCAUAAGUCGUAUUUGACCGAAUUUUGCCAACGGAAGAGAGGUAUUUGACUUAUAGUAAUAAAACGCGUUCAAUCUCUUCAAAUUUAGGCGCGAGAUGACUCAAAAGAACCCUCCAAGGAAGAAAACGAGAUUGGAAAAUAUCUGAAAUGGAACUGCCCUUCAAAGCCGUCCACGAUGAUGGGCGAAAAAGUUGAAUAUUUCAUCGGUAAGGAACGAUCUUAUUUAGGCUUCAUUGUUCUUCCUAAAAGAGAAAGUAUCGCUUUUCAAAUAUAUGAUGCAAUUCCAUUUACAGAGCUAAACACCUCUAGCUUUUCCUUGUGUAUACGUAUUGAAAAUAAGCUUCGUAAAUGCAUUUACAGCAAACAACAAAAUUAGAAGUUUAAAAUUCAGUUAAUUCAGUGGUCACUCAGUGUUUUAAAGAACGAAUGUUUCCCUCUGAAAUUUAUCUUGUUGAAACCUUUCUCCAUAACAAUAUUGAAUCUAAGGAUUCGAGUUUUGCUCAGAGUUAUCGGUGGAGUGAGUGAGAGUGUGAGCGACCAUGAACACAAACGAAAUAUUUUGAUCGUGAGCAAUUACGUGUUUGCCUCUGUCUCGAUCUUCAGUGAGUUUUGCAAAAAUUGGUUAGAUGCCACGAAGUAAGUGGCAAAGCCUUAACCAUGUGUUGUAGGUUGAAAGUCCGAAGACUUUUCUCGUCCUUAUCGAGGGAGAUGCUAACCUUCUCUCGGCUCAUACAACACAAAAUAUACUUGGUAUUCCCUGUCGUUUUAUUACUCUUUGAACCACAAAUCUCCUCAUUAUGGUACAUCUUUUGUGUGAAUAUUUAAUGAUGCCUUUUUGGCUUUUUCUGUUCGUUGGUAACUUUGUGAUUUGUACACUUAAAUGCUUUCUGUGUUUUACAAUUAUUGUUAAUUCCCAAUUUGUAUUAUGACCAAUUAAUUUAGCUUUUAACAUUUAUAAACAAGGUAUUUUUAAGAAUUGUAAUGUUAUUUUUGAUCAAAAUGUUUGGGAAUCAAAGUUAUUUCCCACCAAAAUUCUUUCCUUAAGUUUCAAGUCUUGUCCUUUCAAGAAAAAUUCAAAAUUUCAAAAAAUGUUGUUCAUUGUGGUAUUGUAGUGCAAUGAAAAUUUUAACUGUUUGUCUCAUCAUGCAGAGUCAGACUAUGACAAUGUUUUGAAUAAAGUACUGUUGGUCUAGGCUAGGUGACUAGGUCAAAAGAGUCGCUUGUAAGAGCACCUUAGCUUGUUGUGAUUGGUGUGUUUUGUCACACUUUUCCUGUUUGGAACCAGGUUCAGUUUAUAGACCUUGGCCUUCACUGGGUUCAAAAAAGCCAUCCACAUAAGACUUCAUCCUAAUAACAUCAAUAGAGAUAGAAUAGUAAGAAACAGAAUUUUAAGUCCCAAAGCAUGGAUGCUCAGCAUAACUGUUAAUCAGUGAUAUAGUGGAUCUAUGAGGCAACAACCUCUAGUAGUUGGAGUAAUAAUAGGGAUCAAAAUGCCCCAAUGAUAGUGUGCAAAAGCACACCAAUAACAGUAAACCAAGGUGCUAUUAAUAGUAACAUGUAAACUUUUGACCCUGACACUUGAUGAAGACCAGCAGUAUGUCAGUUGGAAUGUCAAAAUUAUUACAUUUGAUGGCCUUACUCCACACUGUGAGGUGAAUGAUCAAAUAUGUCAUUUAUUUAAAUGAAGAAAUGAUUUUCAAAGGUGAACUGCAUUGGAAGAAAUUAUAGAAUGGUGCCUGACAAAAUUUAAACCAGUGCCAACCAGAUAUUAGUUGAAUGUUAAUACCAACUGAGUUACUAAGCCACAUGUUGAGAGUAAAGCAAAUUUGAUUGUGACCAAUUCCUUGAUGAUAAGGAAGAACCUGUUUGUGGCUAACGCUCAAAAUGUCAGCUCAGGAAACUCUUUACUGUGACCAAUUUUCAUUAUCGACUCAGUUGACUAAACCAAAUUUAUCUUGUAAUACCCCAAGGGGACACGGCAUCACAGUUACUUUUGAAACUCAUCCCCUUUGUUUUUCUACACAGCUGAAUAUGGAGUGUUAAAUAGAGCCUUUGUUUCCUUUUUAUACUCCUAGGAUCUAAGGCAAUAGACUGUCUGAUGGAUUCCAAGUGGGCCUCUGGUAAAGGAGGAACUGAGAUAUUGUUUACAGACCGGGAAUCUGUGGAGUUAUAUCUGGAUAAGUAUGCUACCUUAAAAUAUGACAGAUUUUUAAUUUAUCGAACUUUUUUCUUCUCUUUUUACUCCCAGCUGGAUUAAUAUAUGAAUAAAAGAGGAUUCAUUGAAUUCUUAGCCGAACCAACAAUUCGUGAAUUAGGAACAAUGAAUUGAAAACAAUAUUACACAUUACCAGUAGCACAUGGGGGUUGGUAUGUCCAUGCACUGGGGGAUUUUCAGUUUUAGGAAAAUAUGAGUAAAGUGGAAGAUGUCUCAAGUUCUACUUGAGGGCACAUGCCCCUAACCUUUCAUUUACAAUUUCUUUAAUUCCUUGACCUUAGUGACUAUCAGCCAAGCUCUCCUUACAAUAUCACCCCUGAGUCAGUUGCAUAUUAAGGUCACAAGAAUUGAGGAAAUGAUCACCAACUAAAGAAGCUCUCGAUCGUUGAACAAGUUCUCCUUGUCAGCACCUGAAGAAAUGUAUAGAGAAAAGUAUAGAGAAUAUGCUUACUGAUGUUUGGGUGCAAAGGGUUAAUCAGUAAAUCUCAUUGACAUCGACACCUUGAAUUUCAUUGGGGGUUAUGUUGAAAUAAUGUUGUUAUUUAUUUUCAAGGUUGUUGAUUUUGGGAUUCUUUAAUCGUGUCAUUCGAAUAAAGAAAGUAAAGAAGACAAAAGAAGAAAAGGAAAAAGAAAAGGAAAAAGAAAAGGCAGAAAAAGAGAAAGAAAAGGAAAAUGACAAGGGGGGUACAAAGGAGAAAGAUGAAUCUGAAGGCAAGAAAUCAAAGAAGAAACCUAAGAAGGAAAACUCAGAAGAGGGAAAAAAGGCAAGUCUUUUUUGCAAAGUUACUACCUUUAUGCUGAUUGGUUAUACAUAUAUAUACAUUAGCAACACUUCUUAAUUUGCCUUUGUAUGAAGGUUUAAAAAGCUCUGUAAAAGGAAGGUAAAGUGAAGCUAUGAAGGUAGUGGUUCACUUGACCAGAGCAUUAUCUGCAGUUUCCAUGGCAUGAACCCAGCGAUAGGUAUUGCUUUUCCCCUAUGUGAAAUGUUAGUCUUUUGCAAGUUAACCCUCAGCAUUUCAUGAGGUUUUGUUGAAAGUUUUUUGUUUCCCAUUUUGCCCCUGGGUAGAGGGGUGUGUUUAAAGAGUAACAUGUCUUUCCCAGGAACAGAAUGCAGUAUAGCAAUUUGGGCUCAUAGGUGGAUCUCUCACCGAAAGUCCAAUACUCAGAGCUUGAAUCCAAGGCACCCUCACUAUUUUAGGAUGUAUAUUCUGUUUACUGGAAUAAAUUUUGUGGCAUUUAUUGAAUUUUUAGCAUUCAAAAUGUAGCAUUUAUAUCAUUGUGUUCAACUUGACAUACAACCUCUGAUCAUUUUGAGGGUUCAUUGCAGAUUAAAUGUUUUUUUUUUUUUUACAAAAUUAAAAUGCUGUGUGGUAAAGUCUUUUUCAGAUUGUCCCACUUGUAACUUUCCUCUUGAAUUUGUUUCCCAGAACUUUUGUAGUUAUUCAAGAUUAAUUAAUUAAACAUUUAUUCCUUAAAAUGAAUAAUCAGUCUUUUACUGCAGAUUAGUUGUCUAUAAUAUGUAUUAAUGCCCUGAUCCCAAUUUACAAAGGCACUAUCGAAUUAAUUUAAUUGAGAUGGGAAUUUAAUUGGUUCUAAAAUGUUGUUAUUCAAAGUUGAGUUGAGUACUUCAUGCAUUGUUGAAGGUGUGCUGAAGGUACAAAUAUUUUUGGUUCCAUGUCUGCUGCAAUCACAAUUCAAAUGUAAACAUUGAGAAACAUAAAAAAAAAAGCCUCUAAUACAGGCCCAAGUGGUCCAUGGGGCCGGUGCUUAACUCCAGUUUUCUUAGCAUGAAGUGGCUAGGAGUAUUGCUACUCCCCCCUGGAUAGGAUGCUAGUUCAUCGCAGGGUUACCCCCAGCACAUUUGCUGGUACCCAUUUGUACACCUGGGUGAAGAGAAGUGCUGUGAAAGUAAAGUGUCUUGCCUAAAAACACAACACAAUGACCCCGGCCAGGGCUCGAACCUGGACCACCUGAUCCGAAGUCGAGCGCACUAACCAUGAGGCCACCGUGCCUCCACCAUUGAGAAACAUAAAUACACAUAUUUUCUUUCAAGCAUUGUUAUCAUUGAGUAAUUUGAUCAUUCAGUGUUUUUUUUGUCACAAAUUGUAAUGAUAUCUAAUUAUGUACUUCUGUAUGAGUCUUAUUCUGCUCAUGCUUGUGUGAUAGUGCAAUCAGCCUCAUAGUGGCUGUCUCAUUCACAAUCUUUAACCAAGCCCAUUAACCACUACUGUUUUUAAUCAUAUUUAAGGAUGACGAUACUACUGAGGAAAGAAAACCAAAAGUAUGCUGUUUGCUCUUGUUCAGUUUUAAAUGAAAAAGACUAACAUUUUGUUGCGUGUUUGUUUAUGAUCAGACUAACUUAACUGUAACCUGUUAUGAGAAAAGCAAGAUAUCAUCUGAAGUCUUAGGCAAGUAUAUAGGGUCUAACCCCUUAACCCCUUCAAGGUACUGGCUUCUAAUUGUCCAUAAAGUAUCGCCCUGGAAUCAAAUGUAAAGGUCACAAGAAUAAAGAAGAUGAUCACCAUUUUAAGAAGCCCCUGAUUGUCAAACAAAUUCUCCUUGUCAGUACCACAAGAAAUUUAGAGGGAUCAGUGUGGAGACUAUGAACACUAAUGUUGGGGUGUAAAAGGUUAAUGGUAUGUUCUCUUUGUUGAAUGAUGUAGGCAACUGAGGGAAAUGGAGAUGGUGAGGGGAAAAAGAAGAGAAAGGUGGGUACAUAAUGAAUGGUUUAAGUGAAGUCAUGUAACCGACUGGCUUUUGGUACAAACCCCCUCGAGCCUGUUGCUGGCUCUUAGUCCGUGUGCAUGAGCGAAAAGGUGUGGGAAAGGGGAGAGAAGAUGUCAGGGAACUGAGGGGAUUGACAUCCUGCAAGCUCCUCACCAUAUGUUUAUUCAAACCCCACCAACCCCUCCCUGCCCUUUUUCAACUCACUUGUACAGUGUAUCUUGUGUGAAAACUUGCUGAGGCACUGAAACUAUUUUCUAUCGUUAAGAUGCGAGUUACAUUUUAGAUAUGACAGUAAUGACGCCAAAGAAGCAUAACAGUAAUGACGCCAGUUUUCUCUUUUAUGGUAGUUUUCUAUCCACCGACCCCCCACCCCCAAAAAGUCAAAAUACAUAUCAUCAGCGAAUAAGUCUUUCUCUAUGCACUAACCAAGUUAUGAAUUAACCGAAAUUUACCUACCCUUCGUUGUUACUGUUCCGUGUUCGAGAAUCACAGCUGUACAUGGGUUUUCUCUUUUUGAAGAUCCUCUAGAAAUCAUUCGAUCUUCUCGAAAAUCGAUUCUCGAUUCUGGAAACGUUAAAUACAAUAUAGUUUUGUUGACAAAUUAUGAUAGUUCUUUGGCUGGGGCGUGGACACAAGUCUGUUUAUGUUAACAAUAUGACUCAGCAUCAGACAGCUAAAGUACAAUACACGUUUAGAUACUAAAAAGUAGCAACCCUAAUUAGCAGAUGUAGACUUCGUUGAGAACUUACAGCAGUUUUAUUAUUUUUAGGUGAAAGUAAAACUGGAGCUACAUGAAGAUCAGAUAUUUGUUGACGAUGAUGACGAGGUUAGGAAGUUUGUUGAAUAUUAAAAUCAUAAUUGCAUCAUCUAAAAUGUAAUCAAAUAUUAUGAGUUGUGGCCUUGUACCUCUUAAAGUUGCAUAGAUAUCGUUGCCCACAAGACGAAGUUUUUCUGUAUUUUUUAUUAACCCUUUAACCCCUAAGAGUGACUAGCAUCUAAUUUCUCCUUACAAUUUCACCCCUGAAUCACAUAUUAUGGUCAUGAGAAUACAAAAAAUGAUCACCAAGUAAAGAAGCUCAUGAUUGUUAAAGAAAUUCUCCUCAUCAGCAUCUUAGGAAAUGUAUAGAGAACAGUUUGGAGAGUAUGCUUACUGAUGUUAGGUUAUAAAUGGUUAAUCGUAUAUUGUUUAUCUGUCAUCUGUCGUAUUGAACUUUUUCCCGUUAAACUGUUUUUUUCGCUUAUCCAGCCGUUAAAUACCUUUUUCAGGCUUAUGUGUGGAGGUUUGACCCCCUUCAUCCUAGGACUUUCAUCUUAGGAAUUUUGGUUGGUAAGUAUGUUUGUCAGGUCAGUUAACAAUCAUUUGAGUUGUGUCUCUGUACACGUAAGUCCAUUUUAAGCCAAUAAAUGCCAGUCCGUAAUUCGGUCGGUCGGUCGGUCGGUCGGUCGUCGGUCGGUCGGUCGGUCUGUCUACUGGUGGUCAGAAUGAGUCCGUAGAAGUAUUUUAAUGAUUGUUUACUCGCUCGUCAAAUAAUCUUCGAGCUUAUUUGGUUAUGCUCCCUUGAAACGUCAUUUUUCUUAUUCAAACUACCGGCUAGUGUCGAAAGUAUUUUCAAUUCAGUAAGUCAGUCAGCUGUGUUAGACUUGAUAAAAAGAGUUUACGUCUUUAAUUAGCAAACAGUCUGGACUUUUCUCAGAAAUUCUACUGAAAUUUCAUGCAGCCUUGCGUCUGUUCAACAAUAGAUCACAGAUGACGUCAAAAUAAGGUAAGAUCGUAAAGUGGCACACAAGGGGCAAUAAGCUUUCACUAAGCUUUCUUUUGACCAUCGUUUUUAUCUGAUUUGUUUAUCAGUGAUUGGUACCAUUGCUAUCUGUCUGUUCCCUUUGUGGCCUAGUAACAUCCGGGAGUAUGUUUGGUAUUUGAGUGUGUUGGCUUCAAUCGCUGUGGGCUCGAUUUUGGUUCUUGCCCUCUGUAAGUUACCUUGAGUAAUGAUUUUAAUUUUUUUAUUUUGUGGAUUUUUAUUCCUUAUGUUCUCCUGAUGUGGUGUUGUCUUUUAAUAAAACCAAAUAAGUCAAAAUGGGUGUCAUUUGGCGACCAGUGUUAGAUUGGAAACCAUAUUUGUGAGUUCACCUUCCAAGUCGAGGCUGUGUCCUUCUGAUCAUUGGUCAUCAAAAGAUGCUUGCAGAAAACAAAGAAGAGACAUUUUAGAAUAAGUAGCUCUAUAGCGGUGGAGGCUUUGGGUAGCAAAGGCACCAAAUGAACGGUAAAGCAGCCAUCGAGAUAGAGAAGCAUAAUCCAGCUCCCCUUUUCGUUUUCGCAGCUUCGCCACCAUAAUUGAUUUAAUCGAGGUCCCGGACACUGCCAGCUAAGAAGGCUUAGGCAGGAGACUAUAAUUCCCCUUUUCUAAACGUGCCUUCUCUUUUGUCUUGUUUUUCUAGUGCGGUAUGUUUUCUUUGCAAUCGUCUGGGUUUUGACGGCAGGAAAGCACCAUUUCUGGCUUUUACCGAACCUUACGGAAGAAUGUGGCUUCUUUGAGUCUUUUGUUCCACUCUACACGCACGAAUAUAAAGGAAACAAGCCUGAAGAAAAACAACCUGAAAACGAAACGGAAAAAGACAAUGAGGAAAACAAAGAGGAGAAAGAGGACGAAGGGGAUGCAGCACAGGACAAGAAAGGCGAGAGCAGUGAAGAGAAAGAGAAAGAGCCUUGGGUCACAUUGACAGAAGAAGAAGUGGCUACAGCAAGAAGCGAAGUGGAUAAAGAUCUUGAGGAUUUAAAUGAUCCUUCAGUUUCUGAAGUGAAAUGCUGAAUAUUACUAUCAAAUAUUGGAUUUUAUUGUGUAUAAAGAAAAACUUAUGACUUGAAAUUACCAUACUGCCGACGUUACCAUUCAAAUAGCAUCAUUUGUUUGUUUAUUGCGAAAACGUUAUUGGGUAAUUAAUAAACUAAUUUGUUUGCGCGGUACUGUUGAUGAGAGAAAAUCACUUUUACUUCUGCGAGGAAGAAUUCAUUUUGAGGGGAAAUUGGCGACUUAUUAGAAAGUGUAACAUCUCCAGACAGUUGUUGCAUUUGUUCAUUUGUGUUUCAACAGUUUGUUUUCUUUCAUUGUAUGAAAAAGUUAUUGAAUAUAUUUCUGUGGAAUACGUAGAAUUAAAUGUCCA